UAUGUACAAAAUAGUGCAAAUUUCGCUACUAUUAUCAAACAUAGCACUAUCCCUUACACUUAGUGUUAAAGACGAGAAGAGCAGUCUGGUGUUUGUGUUCGAUACGACAGGAUCGAUGUACAACGAUUUGAAACAGCUACGGGAAGGUGCGGAGAUGAUUUUGGACACGGCUUUGGAGGAGAGCAGCAUUAUUGCUGAUUUUGUGUUUGUGCCUUUUCAUGAUCCUGGUGUCGGCCCAGCAACAGUGACCCACAACAAGACCAUAUUCCACGACGCCCUGAACAUCGUCAGAGUAUACGGUGGCGGAGAUUGCCCAGAGAAGAGUCUGACAGGCCUCCAACUAGCCCUCAACGUCAGUCGACCAAAGUCUUUCAUAUACGUGUUCACUGAUGCUACAGCUCAUGAUCAUAGGCUGGUUGGAAAAGUGCUGGAUCUAGUUCAAAGAAAGCAAAGUCAGAUAGUGUUUGUACUGACGGGACACUGCGACGACCUAAAUAAGCCCUCUUACCUAGUGUACCCACAGAUCGCCGCCGCCAGCUCCGGGCAAGUGUUUUAUUUGAAGAAAACUAAUGUUCACAAGGUGUUAGAUUUUGUAAGGAGUUCAAUUAAAGCUAGAUCGGUUAACCUGGGCACUGUGACUAACCCGGCUGGAUACAACUACACACGAGAGAUUCCCAUGGACAGCUCUCUUGACGAAGUCACAGUCUCGGUGUCGGGCUCCAAGCCUAAGAUCCAAGUAUUCAGCCCCACCGGGGAGCAACUGACAGGCCCACCCAAACUGGUUACCACGUUAGACUUGGCCGAGAUUAUGGUGGUGAAAGUCCUGCAGCCUGAGCCUGGGAACUGGUCAAUAACUGUGGGCAGCGAAGCGGAGCACUCCGUCAAGGUGGUGGGACUGUCUAACCUGACCUUUUACCACGGGUUCUCUGUACAGCGACCAGGCUCGCCCGUGGAGACCAGCUACAGGCCGCUACAAGGUGCUUAUAAUUUCAUGAUGCUAUCGUUGACGCACAUAGAUAAAUCGGUCCAAGUGUCUCACGCCGAGAUCCUUAGCCUUGAUGGAAAGACGUUGUUUGAGAUACCGUUAAAAGAGGUGGAUUCUCUUAAUAAGAGAUAUUUGGCCGAGGCUUUCAUUCCGCCUGACGAUUUAUUCUAUAUUGCGGUAAACGGUAUAGACGAAGACGGACAAGAAAUAAGAAGAGUUGGGGCCACGGCUAUUCAAGCAAAGCCUCCAGAUGUUCCAUAUUUGACGGCUCCUCAAAAGAUAAGUGUCUUACGGCAUGAUACAGUGAUUCUUCAUUGCGACGUGGAGAGCUUAGUGCCCGUAAACGUUUUUUGGUUGAAAGACGGCACGAAAAUUCAGCCGCAAAUUUCUAGCUUACAGAGUACAUCAGUUCAGUACAUAAUAAGGAAUAUGACCGAAGAUAACGUGGGCACGUACGUCUGCACGGCCAGAAACGUAGCGGGAGUGAAGCAAACCACCACCGAAGUGGAAUUAAUAGCGGAACCACCAGUAGUAACAAUGUCUGCCAGCAGCGAAACGUUGAUGGCGGGUGAAGAUCUGGCACUAUACUGUUCUGUUGUAUCCGAGGUUGCUUUGACUACAUAUCAGCUCACGUUCACCGCAGUUGACUCUCAAAACGAAACGUACCUCGACGUGGAGGCGCAUAGCGAUGGAGUCUACCACUUUAAUAAAGUUAUUCAGAACGCAACGGAAAAGGAUAGCGGAGUUUAUUCGUGUAAAGCUGCUCAUGAAGGUGGCCAAUCAUCAAAAUCUCUUACCAUCAGGAUCACAACCCCACCCACAGCGCAUAUACUAGGGCCGCACACAUUACCAAGAGUCCUGCACUCUUCCAUACAACUUGUGUGUAUGGUCGAACAUUGCAGUGAGGUUCAGUGGUUAUAUAAUAGCGCUAUAGUGGAGAGACGGUCGGUCAAUGGUAGCGAUAAUUCGGUGUUAGAGAGAGAGAUUGAUGGAGAUGGAGUUUGGACUUGUUCUGCUUUGAAAGGAGAUUAUAAAGUGUCAGAUUCCGUCCAAAUAAUAGCUCUAAUAAAACCGGAGGUGGAAAUCGAUGGCGAUAAAAAUAUUACCCUACUGAAUGGCACGGCAUACAGCAUCAGCUGCUUGGUGAAAGCCAAGCCGGAGCCGCGGAUAGUAUGGCAUCGGGAAACUGAGACGUUUCUUAACAACACCGUUUCAGUAAUUUCCGCGAACGUGUACAGAAGCGUCUUGGAAAUCGAUAGUAAGACGACGAAAGUGGACGGCACAUACUUCUGUUUCGGAGAAAAUGCGGCCGGCAUUCACCAGGAUUCCGUGACAGUUGGCGUUAGGGCGCCUAUGAGAUUAUUGCAAGGGUUUUCAGAUAUAUCAACACAACUGUACUCCGACGUAACUUUGGUAUGCCAGAUAGAUUCAUACCCAACCGCCCAAGUAAAAUGGUACCACAACACCACAGAAUUAAGUACUAAACAAAACAUACGCAGGUCCAGCGAUAACUCGGCCAUUGCUAUUGACAGAGUUGACUUUGAUGAUCUAGGACUUUAUAUGUGUAAAGCUAGUAAUGGGUAUGAGGAACUAGUUGUGAGUGGGGCCUUAAGUGUUCAUGGUUUAGCAACUCCAACGUUGGCCAAGGAACCGGGAACUGUGGUGUCAACGAAAGGAAAUUCUACAAUUUUAACAUGUAGCGUUUCAAAAGGAAAUCCAUCGCCAACAUUAACAUGGCAAUUUUUACCCGACUCAUCCCAAGAAUUUGCUUAUCUACCGACCAACAUGACAAGUGAGGAUCGAAGUCAGGUCAUCAUAUCGAAUGUCACUAUUGACCGCGCUGGAUUAUAUCGGUGUAUCGCUGAAAAUGUGCUGGGAAGAGAUUAUUACGACGUGACGUUAGUUGUUCAAUACGCGCCAGAAAUUGAGUCUAACGAGAUAGACCCCAAGCCUUUAGAAAUCGAAGCCGGACAGCCUUUGACCCUAUCUUGUCAGGCCGGGGGUGUGCCCAAACCGUGGGUCACUUGGACCAAGGACCUAAUGCCAAUGGGAUAUACGAAAAACAUGUAUUUAAAUAAUGACAAUGAGUUAGUGCUGGAGAGAGUUACUGAAUAUGACUCCGGUUUGUUUACCUGCAACGCUACCAGCAUAUUGGGGUCGUCACUGAAAAACUUCACAGUACUUGUUUAUGUUCCCCCAAAAAUAACUCCACCGGAAAUGGAACCAGGACCACAGCAGUUCGUAGAAGGGCAGCUAGUGGAACUCCCGUGCCGAAACACCGGGUCUCCUCGACCAGAAGUCAGGUGGCUGCAGAAUGGAAACGAGGUCAAUGAUGACCGGAAAUAUGUUGACGAGUUUGGGAUGCGAUUUGUGGCAAAUUUAACGGACUUCGGUGAAUACACGUGUAUUGUUAAAAACAAGUAUGGAAAUACCAGUUAUAGCUACAGCGUUUAUAUUUGGGUUCCACCAUCAAUUGAACCUCCUCUGCACAUCGACACAGCUGUCCUCAUAGGCUCAAAUAUAAGCCUUAAUUGUGACGCUGUUGGUUUCCCACUGCCGGUCAUAUAUUGGGAGUUUAAUGGCACUGUUAUUAACAAAAACAAUACCAACCUAAGUUUCAACGAGUACGGUACAAUUAAUAUCACAAGCGUGAGUGCAAAACAAGAAGGAAUGUACAGUUGUUUAGCUGAAAACAUCGCUGGAGUUGCAAGAAAGGAUUUCUACUUACAAAUUAACGAGCCGCCAAGGAUUUUAGAAGACAACUACACCGGGCCAUACAUAGCGACGGAAAAGGACCUGCUGCUGAAGAUCGCAUGCAAAGCUACUGGCAAACCUAGACCAUAUAUUUACUGGAUGAAAGAUGACGUGUAUCUUGAUAAAGACAGCAGAUAUGACGUAGACAUCGACGGAACUCUGACUAUAAAGUCGCCAUCUGAGUAUCAGAGUGGGUUCUAUACAUGCUUAGCCAAGAACUCAUUCGGAGCGGUCAAUAAAACUAUUCCUGUUGAGAUUUAUACUCUGCCUUCGAAACUUCAAGCCGACGAGUCUCAAUCAACAAUCACGUUUGUGGAAGGCGCCGACGUGUCCGUAGAGUGUCCAAUAAAGGCUUCGCGGAAUAGCUCAGUCACAUGGUAUAAGGAUGCCAAACUAGUUUCGAACGGGCACCUCUUGCUCGCCAAUAUAUCUAGUGUCAACGAAUCUACAUACGCCUGCGUAGUGACCAACGCUAUAGGCUCCACUCAUGCUAUAGUGCGAGUUAAAGUGGAAUGGCCUCCAAGGUUUAUAAAAGAAAAAGGAGAUGUGACAGUGGUGCGGGGAGAGGAUAGGUGGUUGGAGUGUGAUGUCGAUGCUAGACCGAGCGCUACGGUAAAAUGGAUGGCCAACUCCCGAGUAAUGCUAGGCGAAGAUACACCUCGUUUGAAGCUUAAGAAUCUGCAACUGCACCAUACUGGCGUAUAUAAGUGCAUAGCAAGCAAUAAGCAUGGCACUGUUGUCAGGCAGUUCAAUGUAGAUGUCCUAGUGCCGCCUUUCAUAUCGGAGUUUGAUUUGUUAGACGUCCAACUGAAGGAAGGAAUGAACGCUACCUUGGAAUGUAACGCUAGGGGAUCCCCUCAGCCCAUAAUUGAAUGGAGUUACAGUAACCCUAACUGGCAUCUCGUCAACUCUUCACUGACCACUACCAACGUAUCCAACGCGUCAGAAGGCCUGUUCCGUUGCUCGGCGCGCAACAUUGCCGGCGCGGCGCACAUAGUCUACAAUGUGGCCAUUGCCGCACCGGCCGUUAUCGAGGAAAUUGUAUUGUUCAAUGAAGAAGGGAGCACUGUGGAAGGACGUGCAGAAAUUGUGGUUGGCAGCACUGCCCGAUUAUCCUGCAAAGCUUCCGGCCGACCCACCCCCAGAAUACAGUGGAUCAAAAACGGGAAAACACUUAGCGAAAACCAGCAAGACGUUAACUAUGCUGACUUAGUACUCAGUAAUGUGAAUACCAGUAGUUCUGGUGUGUACUCUUGUGUGGCGAGUAACGAAGGCGGGGUCGAUGACCGCACAACCAAGGUAGAUGUGCUAGAACCACCUAAAAUAUUCAAAACCCUGUUCCAAAACUGGAACUCCUCGGAGACGGAGUCGAGAUUGGAGGUGAUAUCGGGACAAGCGUUCAACCUGCACUGCCAUCCGUAUGGCAAGCCUAUGCCUGAAGUGUAUUGGUUUAAGGAUGGCGUCCCUUUGAGGUUAUUUGACGAAAGCAUGGUAUCAACUGACUUUGGAGAAGUGAUAGAAUCCCGCGAGGCGCGGCCGGAACAGAGCGGGAACUACAUAUGUGUUGCUAGGAACAGCGUUGGGAAUACUAGCAUCGUCUACUCAGUGGACAUCCUAGUGCCACCACCGCCAUCCAAAGACUCCCACACCACGGCUAUACGAGUCGGCAGGCCGCUGACUCUAACCUGCCCCGUCGAAGGUAGUCCUUCCCCAUACGUCUCGUGGAUCAAGCAGCCCUACACGGAGGUCGUCAACACGACGAGGCUGGCACUGUCUCGGGACAACAUUACUUUGAUCAUACCGAAAACCGAGACAUCCGACUCCGGCCUAUACUCCUGCAUAAUGACGAAUAAAGUCGGAACUACCGAAGUGAUAUUCGACGUGACCAUCGAAAAGGCGCCGUCCAUUGCUGGCAAUGUAGGCGCUAACAUCAGUGAAACGAGAGUUGUGCCUUUGAGGAGGAGCCUUGUACUGAAGUGCGAGGUUGAUGGACACCCCAUGCCUAAGAUUUCAUGGUUGAAGGACACGCUGCAGCUAAGCGGCAGGUCAAGCAACAUACACCAAGUACUGAGCAACAGUCUACUGGCCGUGUGGAGUUUGACUCUACGCGAUGCGGGCCAGUACAUCUGCGUGGCCGAAAACAGCGCCGGCUCUGCUCAUAGGCGAUACAACGUCCUUGCACAAGUUCCCGGCAAAUGGAGCGAGUGGUCCGCGUGGAGUUAUUGCAACGUGACCUGCGGGCUCGGCCGGCAAGUGAGGAGCCGGCUCUGCCAGUACCGUGACGACACCGUCACUGUUGAUGAGAACAGCAAAUCAGACAAAUUUCUUCUCGAUCAGUCGACGUGCAAGGGGCCCAGUUCAGAUCAGAGGAAAUGUCACAUGCCACCGUGUGAGGAAGUGGAAGGACAGUGGUCCGGUUGGGUCAAGUGGUCUGCUUGUUCGUCGUCUUGUGGUACUGGGACCCAGGCCAGGACGAGACGGUGCAGGAAGGGACGGUGCCAAGGCGACAAUGUCCAGAUCCGGAAAUGUCCAGAUUUGCCUAAAUGUAAUAAUACAUCAGAAAACGAAGUCUUCAACACAGAUGACGAUGAGUUUGAAAACAGUCCUUACACACCGGAAGCAGCGUUCGAAUUUCAACCGGAAGUGGUAGACACAGAAGAUUUUUAUACUCCGGCUACAUCUAAGCCACCAGUGUACGAAGGCCACGUCUUACCAAACCCUAAUCAGGGUCCGUGCGAACCGGGAUUCACGCACAACGACACCAUACAAAGUUGUGAUGAUAUCGACGAAUGUUCUAUAAACAACAAUCACUGCCACAUGACGCAGAUGUGCGUCAACACGGUCGGCGGGUAUCAGUGCGGGUGCCAACCUGGGUACAGCUCUCUGGGCGCCGGCCUGCGGUGUAUGGACAUGAACGAAUGCGAGUUAGACACGGAUGGGUGCGAGUACGCAUGCGUUAACGUGGCGGGCGGGUACGUGUGUGCGUGUCCGCGGCAUCUCAGGCUGCACACAGACAAACGACAUUGUUAUCAACCGUCAUCAUUCUAUGAUCCAUACGAUAAUCCAGAAACCGAGUAUCUGAGCGCACUAGUUGAAUCACCGGCCAAAUAUAGGAACACAAGGAAUUGAAACUUCAAACAUAGUUUUAAAAUUGUAUUCAUAUACAUAA